AAUCAUCGAAACAGAGCACGGAACAGUCAAUGGGAACCACCUCCAUCGGGAUGGCUAAAAUGCAACUUUGAUAGUGGUUUUAGUAAGGGGAGAGACUAUACAACGACAGGUUAGAUCAUAAGAGAUGAGACUGGUCAUAUGGUUAGCUCUGGAUGUGCGAAACUUCAGCAAUCACACUCUGCGCUGCAGGCGGAAGCUCUCGGGUUCCUUCAUGUCUUGCAGGUUGUUUGGAUGCAAGGACAUCGAUGCGUUUGGUUUGAAGGCGACAAUAGUGAAUUGGUCAGGCUGAUAAAUUCAAAUGGGAAUCAUAUUAAAAUCGGGACUCUUCUCUACGAUAUUCACCAAUGGAGGACUAAACUGCGGUUAUCAUCUUUGCAUCAUGUAAACAGAGAGAAAAAUGCUGCCGCAGAUAUGUUAUCAAAGAGAGCUCAUAGUAUCAAUUCUAUGUACCGACCUAAACUUGCUCCAUUCUGCAUUGCUUCACUUCAUAUCGUGAAUUUGGGUAUCUACUUUGUACAGUUGAUCAAAGAAUCAAAGCUAUCAAGAGAAUUCAGUCGAAAGAUACAAAUUGUAGACUAUGCUCCAUUAGUCCAAACGUUAAGCCAGAGAAGAUUGCCUGAUGUUGCUCAUGAGAUUUUCAUCCAAACGAAAUCAGUUAACUUGUUACCAAAUUAUAGAACCCUUUGCGCUCUUAUGCUUUGCUUUGCUGAAAAUGGGUUUGUUCUUCGAGCACGUACGAUUUGGGAUGAGAUUUUAAACAGUUCUUUCGUGCCUGAUAGCUUUGUCGUCUCUAAGCUUAUAUCUGCUUAUGAGCAGGUUGGUUGUUUUGAUGAAGUUGCCAAAAUCACCAAGGAUGUUGCUGCAAUGCAUUCGACGCUGCUUUCGGUUGUGUAUUCAGUUGUUAUAUCGUGUUUUGGUAAGAAUGGUCAGUUGGAAUUGAUGGAGGGUGUUAUAGAGGAAAUGGAUUCGAAGGGAAUGUCGUUAGAUUCUGCUACUGCUAAUGCGAUUGUUAGAUACUUUAGUUUUUUCGGUACAUUAGAUAAGAUGGAGCAGGCUUAUGGCCGGCUUAAGAAGUUUGGAAUUGUGAUAGAGGAAGAAGAGAUAAGAGCUGUGUUGUUAGCAUACUUAAAACAAAGGAAGUUUUAUCGGCUACGUGAGUUUUUGUCAGAUGUUGGUCUCGGUAGAAGAAAUCUUGGGAAUAUGUUAUGGAAUUCUGUAUUACUGUCAUUUGCAGCUGACUUUAAGAUGAAAAGCUUGCAGAGAGAGUUUAUUGGAAUGCUUGAUGCGGGUUUCUCUCCUGACCUUACUUCCUUUAAUAUCCGCGCCCUUGCGUUUUCUAGAAUGGCUCUUUUCUGGGAUCUACAUCUUACUCUUGAACAUAUGAGACGUUUGAACAUUGUUCCGGAUCUUGUGACUUUCGGAUGUGUGGUUGAUGCAUACAUGGAUAAGCGACUAGCAAGAAAUUUGGAGUUUGUAUACAACCAAAUGAACUUGGACGACUCUCCUGUUGUCUUAACUGAUCCACUUGCAUUUGAAGUACUGGGGAAAGGGGAUUUCCAUCUUAGCUCAGAAGCUGUUUUGGAGUUCACUCCACGGGAAAACUGGACAAAAAUGGCGUCUGAUAUCUCAUGGGAUGAAAUCAAGAAAGAAAAUGUGGAUCUUGAGCGGAUCCCUGUUGAAGAAGUGUUUGAGCAGCUGAAAUGCUCAAAAGAAGGUUUGUCAAGCGAUGAAGGGAAGAAAAGGCUUGAAAUAUUUGGGGCAAACAAGCUUGAAGAGAAGUCUGAGAACAAGUUUUUGAAAUUCUUGGGGUUCAUGUGGAAUCCUCUCUCAUGGGUUAUGGAGUCUGCUGCAAUCAUGGCUAUUGUUUUAGCUAACGGAGGAGGAAAGCCGCCGGAUUGGCAAGAUUUUAUUGGUAUUAUGGUGUUGCUUAUCAUCAACUCCACCAUCAGCUUCAUCGAGGAGAACAAUGCUGGUAAUGCCGCCGCUGCUCUCAUGGCAAAUCUUGCACCCAAGACUAAGGUGUUGAGAGAUGGUAAAUGGGGUGAGCAAGAGGCUUCAAUCUUGGUUCCGGGAGAUUUGAUAAGCAUCAAAUUGGGUGACAUUGUUCCUGCUGAUGCUCGUCUCCUCGAGGGAGAUCCUUUAAAAAUUGACCAAUCUGCUCUUACUGGUGAAUCCCUUCCAGUCACCAAACACCCUGGAGAUGAAGUAUUCUCAGGCUCAACCUGCAAGCAAGGUGAGAUUGAGGCUGUUGUGAUUGCUACGGGUGUUCACACCUUCUUUGGCAAGGCUGCUCAUCUUGUCGACAGUACCAACAAUGUUGGCCAUUUUCAAAAGGUUUUGACAUCAAUUGGUAACUUCUGUAUAUGCUCAAUUGGAUUGGGAAUGUUGAUUGAAAUAUUGAUUAUGUACCCUAUCCAACACCGCACAUACAGAGACGGUAUUGAUAAUCUAUUGGUACUUUUGAUUGGAGGAAUUCCAAUCGCCAUGCCAACAGUUUUAUCUGUAACAAUGGCCAUUGGGUCACAUAGACUCUCUCAACAAGGUGCCAUCACCAAGAGGAUGACUGCAAUUGAAGAAAUGGCUGGAAUGGAUGUUCUCUGCAGCGAUAAGACUGGAACUCUAACCCUUAACAAGCUCUCCGUCGACAAGUCCUUGAUUGAAGUGUUUCCAAAGAACAUGGAUACUGAUUCUGUUGUAUUGAUGGCUGCAAGAGCUUCCAGGAUUGAAAAUCAAGAUGCCAUUGAUGCUUCCAUCGUUGGAAUGUUGGGUGAUCCAAAAGAGGCAAGAGCAGGAAUCACAGAGGUGCAUUUUUUGCCAUUUAACCCUGUAGAUAAACGUACAGCCAUCACAUACAUCGAUGAAAGCGGAGACUGGCAUCGGAGCAGCAAAGGAGCUCCUGAGCAGAUCAUCGAACUCUGCAAUCUCCAAGGAGAGACUAAAAGAAAAGCACAUGAAGUUAUUGAUGGUUUUGCUGAACGUGGGCUUCGUUCUCUUGGUGUUGCUCAACAGACUGUGCCUGAGAAAACUAAGGAAAGUGAUGGUAGUCCAUGGGAGUUCGUUGGUCUGUUGCCACUCUUUGACCCGCCAAGACAUGACAGUGCGGAAACUAUUAGACGUGCCCUUGAGCUUGGUGUCAAUGUUAAGAUGAUUACAGGUGACCAACUUGCCAUUGGUAUUGAGACUGGUCGUAGGCUUGGCAUGGGGACCAACAUGUACCCAUCCACUUCACUCCUUGGCAAUUCAAAGGAUGACUCAUUAGUUGGCAUCCCUAUCGAUGAGCUAAUUGAGAAAGCUGAUGGAUUUGCUGGAGUUUUCCCUGAGCACAAGUAUGAGAUCGUAAAGAAGCUACAAGAGAGGAAGCACAUUUGUGGGAUGACUGGAGAUGGUGUAAACGAUGCUCCAGCUUUGAAGAAAGCGGAUAUUGGAAUUGCAGUAGCAGAUGCUACUGAUGCGGCGAGAAGCGCCUCAGACAUUGUUCUAACAGAACCAGGACUAAGCGUGAUAGUGAGUGCCGUGUUGACAAGUCGCGCUAUCUUCCAGAGGAUGAAAAACUACACAAUCUACGCUGUUUCCAUCACUAUCCGUAUUGUUUUGGGAUUCAUGCUUGUUGCUUUGAUCUGGAGAUUUGAUUUUGCACCUUUCAUGGUCUUGAUUAUCGCAAUCCUAAAUGAUGGAACCAUCAUGACUAUCUCUAAGGACAGGGUGAAACCGUCCCCAGUGCCAGAUUCUUGGAAGCUCAAUGAGAUUUUUGCAACUGGCGUUGUUCUCGGAACAUACAUGGCUCUUACCACUGUGCUCUUUUUCUGGCUAGCUCAUGACACAAACUUCUUCAGCAAAACAUUUGGGGUGAGGUCCAUACAAGGAAAUGAAGAAGAGCUUAUGGCAGCUUUGUAUCUUCAAGUGAGCAUCAUAAGUCAAGCACUUAUCUUUGUAACCAGAUCAAGGAGUUGGUCAUUCGUUGAGCGACCUGGGUUUUUGCUCCUAAUAGCCUUUGUUAUAGCACAAUUGGUGGCUACAUUGAUCGCUGUGUAUGCAAAUUGGGGAUUUGCAAGAAUCGUGGGUUGUGGAUGGGGAUGGGCUGGAGUCAUAUGGGUAUACAGUAUCAUUACCUACAUUCCUCUUGACAUCCUUAAGUUCAUCAUCCGUUACGCUCUCACUGGAAAGGCUUGGGAUAACAUGAUCAACCAGAAAACUGCGUUCACAACAAAGAAAGAUUAUGGAAAAGGAGAAAGGGAGGCUCAAUGGGCACUAGCCCAACGUACACUCCAUGGUCUUCCACCUCCGGAAGCAAUGUUCCAUGACAAUAAAAAUGAGCUCUCUGAAAUAGCAGAGCAGGCCAAAAGGCGCGCCGAAGUUGCUAGGCUAAGAGAGCUUCACACUCUAAAGGGUCACGUUGAAUCUGUAGUGAAGCUCAAGGGACUUGACAUUGAUACCAUUCAACAACACUACACUGUUUAAUCAUUUCUAGGGUCACUACUAUGAAUGAGCCCUAAUGAGUAACAAAAUAAGCUAUGUAUUCUCCU